AUGUCUGUGAUCUUGGGAAGAGGAAAGAAGAACAAUAUAGCUGCUAUUGUUGGUGCUUCUGCAGGUGUUGGAGUAGUAUUUCUCAUAAUAGCUACUUAUACCUUGUACAAAGUAGUGAAAAAGAGGCGCACCAAAAAGCGCCAAGAGAAAUUUUUUAAGCGAAAUGGAGGUCUUUUGUUGCAACAACAGUGUUCUGCUGAUGAAGGAGGGGUUGAGAAAACAAUGCUAUUCUCUGCUAAAGAAUUGAACAAGGCCAGUGAUGGAUUCAACACAAAUCGCAUACUAGGUCAAGGAGGUCAAGGUACAGUUUACAAAGGGAUGCUAACAGAUGGUAGAAUUGUAGCAAUCAAGAAGUCAAAAAAGGUUGAUGAAAGCCAAUUGGAACAAUUCAUCAACGAGGUUGUCAUUCUUUCACAAAUCAAUCAUAGGAAUGUGGUAAAGCUUCUAGGUUGUUGUCUGGAGACAGAAGUCCCACUACUAGUUUAUGAAUUUAUUCCCAAUGGAACCCUCUUUACCCUCAUACAUAAUGGGAAUAAUGAGGAGCUUCCCUUGACUUGGAAUUUGAGACUAAGAAUAGCCAUCGAGGUAGCUGGAGCAUUGGCAUAUCUGCACUCAGCAGUUUCAAUUCCAAUCUUCCACAGAGAUAUCAAAUCCAGCAAUAUACUUUUGGAUGAAAAAUACGUAGCAAAAGUAUCAGACUUUGGAACUUCAAGGUCCGUGACAAUUGACAAAACUCACUUAACUACUGUAGUUAAAGGGACUUUCGGCUAUUUGGAUCCAGAAUAUUUCCAGUCAAGCCAGUUUACAGAGAAAAGUGAUGUUUACAGCUUUGGGGUGGUCCUUGCUGAGCUUUUGACAAGACAAAAGCCAAUAUCCUCAGCAACAACAGAUGAAGAUUAUAACUUGAGUUUGGCAACAAGGUUCCUGAUGUCCAUGGAACAGGAUUCUCUCAAAAAUAUUCUUGAUCCUGAACUCAUAAAUCAAGGGAUUGAACAGGAGGUUACAGCAGCUGCUAAACUUGCACAACGAUGUUUAAACUUAAAUGGGAAGAAAAGGCCAACUAUGAAGGAAGUUGCCAUUGGAUUGGAAAGCAUUAAACUAUCAUCAGUGCAGUCAACUACAGAAAAUUUUCAAAGUCCAAGCCACAUUGAAGGAGAAUCUGUCGUGUUUUCUGAUAACAAUUAUACAUGGACAACUGAAGUUGAUAGCUUUAGAUCUGUUUCAGAUGUCCAUCCACUUAUGAAUAAGCACUAG